UUCUCAUGAUGAUAAGGUAAUCGAAAGAUAAGCUUGUAGUUGAAAAAUUAAGAUUUAAACCUUCGUGAUGAUACUCUGUCAGAAAAUUUAGUUCAAAAAUAAUUUUUCGUUAAAUGUCCGUUAAAUACAAGAUAAAAAUGUAAUUUGACCCGUACACCUUCAUCUUCCCUUUCUCUGUAAUUUCACUUUCUUCCAUUUUGGGAUGCUGUAUUUUGCAUCUUGCAUAUCAGCAAGCACAUGGAUUUCUUCAAUUGGACCAGCACAUGGAUCCCUUCAUCGGAGUGGCCAAGCUCCGUCCUCACCAAUCAAAACCCAUCUACCCAUUUUUCAGCAGAAAACUCAGAAUCAAACCCUCAGUCGAAUCCCAGCUACCUAGUUCAUCAAGAAUCACAAUUUCAAACUCCAAAACGCUGCUGGUUCGCGUCCGGCGACGGCGAGUUGAUCCACGCCGUCCACGACAUGUUUCUGGGUGUGGACGCGAACACCAACUCUCAAGCUCAAAUCGCAGUGCCGUGAUCGUUCGUUGUUGUAACCCAACCCAGAGGCCAGAUCCAAUUCCUUUUUUGUCGGGUCGGGUCUCGUCCACCCAAACCCAAUGGUCUGCCUCUGCCUCUGGCCCUCCAAGGCUCCGCCUGUUCAAUACUCUCUCUGUCUCUCUCUCUCUCUCAGUUUCCAAAUCUGAGAAUCAAAUAGUCAGACGUGAGAGGUUUGCAAGACUACAAAACUCAAGUGGCGACUGUAAAUUGCAGAACCACGCUCAGAUGAUGAACUACCUGCUUGAAAGUGAAAUUACAGAGAGAGGGAAGAGGCAGGGGUACGGGUCAUAUUACAUUUUUAUCUUGUAUUUAACGGACAUUUAACAGAAAAUUAUUUUUAAACUAAAUUUACCAACAGAGUAUCAGGCUUAAAUCCUAAUUUUUUAACCACAUAACU